GGCCACUUUUGGACGAAGGCCAGAACGAAGAAACGGUUAAAAAGCAACUCAGUGGACAGUUCCCCUAUGAUUCGGCCGGUGUUAAAUCUCCACGUGAGCUCCAACUUUCAGGGAAUUCCGGGGGAAAAAGCUUCACCAACCCUAACCCAGGCCCGAGCUUACCCUGAGUCUUACGGCCUCCUCUUUUAGGAAGCUGCCAUGGGGUUACGGCCGCGCUAGUGAUCUGUGCGUGCUGCUUGGAGUUUACCUGCUGAGUAUGUGCUAGCAGCAGCAUUCCGGCCAGUCACAAUGUGAAGAGCCGACUUGAACAAGCAAGCACCUAUUCGGCCAACCACAGACAGAAGGGGCCUUCUUCCAAGCUACCCUCUUCAACUUCAAUGUCCCUUUUCCCUCUCCUUCGAGUUCCUGCGCUCAGAAGUCUGAGGUCUAGUUUCCGUCAUCCCAUCCUUCGCAAUCCCAACUUAUUCCACCUCGGUAGCCGAUCGAUUCGUCGUCAGAUCAACAUGGAUGCCCAAGAGCUUAGCAAUUACCACGCUGAUGCACCGCCAAGUGUCGUGAGACUUGAGAUUGCAAAGCACUUUGAUGCCUUGACAGACAAACAAAAGCGCUACGCUCAUUUCAUCAGCAAAGCCUCCUUUGCUGGUAAUCGCAUUGUCCUACGGCAGGUGUCUCCUGAGUCGGAGCCUAUCUACGACUUCAUCAUUGCCCUCCACAAUGGAAGCGGAGGGGAUUGGAAGGCUCUUGCCGUGAACGCAGGCGUGGGCGAAGCUGAUCUUACGGCUUUCCUCCAGUAUGCUGCCCAGUUUCUAGGCAAUGGCGGCAACUACAAAAGCUUCGGUGACUCCAAGUUCAUCCCAAGAUGCGAGGAAAAUGUCUUUGCAGCUCUAGCCGCAACAUCACCGGAAGCCCAGCGUCACUAUCUGGCUACAGGCGGUGCCAUCUUUUCCACGGACAAACCCGGGCUCAUGCACCUCGGAUUCACAGACGAGGGACACAUGACGACCUACUACCCCGAUUCCCCCGAUAUCACUCAGGGGGAGAUUGCCGCCGUGGCAUCGUGGAUGCAGAAGACGGGCCUCCUCCCGGAAAACACGAGACUCCGGAAGACCAAGGAUGGGAAUUUCGAGCUCAUAAUCGCCUCUGCCAGGUCCAGCGCGCCAAAUGAAGGUGGAGAUAUCGGCAAGGAGACCCAGUAUAAACUUGAGGAUGGACCGCUGACAGGGAAAACCAUCACGUUGGUAUACGGAGAUUAUGCCAAGGAGAUGAGCGCCAUUGCGUCAUACAUCAUCAAGGCGGCGGAGAACGCCGAGAACCAAACCCAGCAGAAGAUGCAUCUCGCAUACGCCCAGUCGUUUGAUAAUGGAUCGCUGUUGGCGUUUAAGGACAGCCAGAGGUUCUGGAUCCGCGACCAAGGGCCGAUGGUUGAAUGCAACAUCGGCUUUAUCGAGACCUACCGCGACCCCGCAGGUGUCAGGGGAGAAUGGGAGGGCUUUGCAGCUGUUGUGAAUCUCGAGAGGACCCGGGCGUUCGGAGAUCUUGUUCAAUCUGCCCCCUCCUUGAUCCCGUUGCUGCCCUGGGGCAAAGAGUUUGAGAAGGAUAAGUUCCUCUCGCCAGAUUUUACCUCUCUGGAAGUGCUCUCGUUCGCUGGUUCUGGUAUUCCCGCUGGAAUCAACAUCCCCAAUUAUGAUGAUAUCCGGCAAAGCGAAGGCUUCAAGAAUGUGAGCCUGGGGAACGUCUUGAGCGCCAAAGCUCCCGACGAGAAGAUUCCGUUCAUUGCAGAUGAGGACAUGGAUAUCUUCAAGAAGUUCCGCGAUCCCUCCUUCGAGAUACAAGUCGGGCUCCACGAACUCACAGGUCAUGGGUGUGGAAAGCUUCUCCAGGAAACCUCACCUGGUGUCUUCAAUUUCGACAAGGAGAACCCUCCCGUGAGCCCUCUGACCAACAAGCCUGUAACAACAUGGUACAAGCCUGGUCAAACCUGGGGCUCAGUCUUUGGGGGAUUGGCCGGCGCAUAUGAAGAAUGUCGCGCGGAGCUGGUUGCCAUGUACUUGGGUUGCGAUUUCCCUGUCCUCAAGAUCUUCGGGUACGGGGAUGGUACAGUAGAUAUGGACGGUGAGGCUGGAGAUGUUCUCUACGCAUCGUAUCUGACCAUGGCCCGGGCCGGUCUGGUAUCUAUCGAGAUGUGGGACCCUAAGAGCCAGAAAUGGGGUCAGCCUCAUUGUCAGGCGCGAUUUGCAAUCCUCAAGUGUUUCCUCGAGGCGAAGGACAACUUUUGCACGUUGGAGUACAGUAACGAAGACUUGUCUGAUCUGAAGAUCAAGCUAGACCGUUCAAAGAUCCUCACAGCUGGUCGUGAAGCGGUCGGGAAUUUCCUUCAAAAGAUCCAUAUCUACAAGUCGACGGCUGAUGUCGAGGCUGGUUCGGAGUUCUUCCUCAAUAUGUCGAAUGUGGGACUUGAGUAUUGGGGCACCAAGGUCCGGAACGUUGUGCUCAAGAACAAGCAACCAAGGAAGGUGUUCGUUCAGGCCAAUACCUUCCUUGACGAGGCUACAGGCAAGGUUACCUGCAAACAGUAUGAACCAACACUGGAGGGCAUGAUCCAGAGCUGGGUGGAGAGGAAGCUGUGAAGGCACCAAGCAUUUGGAAUGCUGGUUUCGAAACAAGGGGGUCCUCUCCUUGGUUCAGUUUCUCCCAGGCAAGGAGAAGCAGAAGCAUUGGGCGCUGCAUAAGAUAAGAAUAGUAUCUUUUUGAAGCGCGGUGGUGCCAUUCUAUUCAAGUAUCGACUUUCAAACAUGACAUCCUGCCGUGAAAUAACAUACAAACAUGAUGGUUAAAAACUCACACCUAUCCAAACUCACACCUAUCCUAUUAUUAACGCACACCUAUCAUCCUAUUAACGCGAUAUUAGAUCCUCAUGGACCUCGCAUUCCGGCUCAUUUGGGUUCCCCCAAUACCGGAGCUGGGUUUUCAGAUGCCGCUUCCUCAGUCUUAUCAUGACCGCUGGCCGGCCACUCGGUGCCUGGAGAUUCCAGUGCCUCGCCCGCAAGAGUUGAGGAAGCGGGAGCAAGCUCAUCGCUGGGUUCGUCCUUUGCGGGUGACAGGGGUUCUCCCUCCGCAG